AUGCAAUACAAAAAAACUUUCGUUACUGCAGCUUUAACUGCCACUGCCUUUGCAGCUUAUGUUCCAAGUGAACCAUGGUCCACUUUGACUCCAUCUGCUACUUACAAAGGUGGGUUGACUGAUUACGCCUCUACUUUCGGUAUUGCUGUUGAACCAAUCGCUACCUCCUCAGCUUCAGCUUCAGCUUCAAUUGCUAAGAGAGAUGUUGUUUCUCAAAUAAAUGACGGUCAAAUCCAAGCUACCACCAAGACCACUGCUAAAGCUUCUACCAAGACCACAGCUGCUGUAGUUUCUCAAAUAACUGAUGGUCAAAUCCAAGCCACUACGAAGACUGCUUCUAAAACUUCUACCAAAACUACCGCUGCUGCUGUAGUUUCUCAAAUAACAGACGGUCAAAUCCAAGCUACUACAUCGACUAUCUCUAAGUCUAAGACUACAGCUGCUGCAGUAUCUCAAAUCGGUGAUGGUCAAAUUCAAGCCACCACUUCAACGAAGACUACUGCCGCCGCUGUUUCUCAAAUUGGUGAUGGUCAAAUCCAAGCCACCACUUCAACAAAGACUACUGCUGCAGCUGUUUCUCAAGUCAGUGAUGGCCAAAUUCAAGCCACUACUUCCACAAAGACUACACAAGGUGCUUCACAAGUAACAGAUGGUCAAGUUCAAGCCGAAGCUACUUCUUCAGCUUCCUCCUCUGAAGACUCUACUACUUCAUCAGAUGAUCCAGUCGAAGCUGUUUCAUGUAAAGCUUCAGGGACACUACAAAUGAAUUUGAAAGGUGGUAUUUUAACUGAUGGUUCUGGUAGAAUUGGUUCUAUUGUUGCUAACAGACAAUUCCAAUUUGAUGGUCCACCACCACAAGCUGGUGCCAUCUACGCCGCUGGUUGGUCUAUUACUCCAGAAGGUAACUUAGCUAUUGGUGACAACGAUGUCUUUUACCAAUGUCUAUCGGGUAACUUCUACAACCUAUAUGAUGAAUCCAUUGGUGCCCAAUGUAGUGAAGUUCACUUGCAAGCCAUUGAUUUGGUUGAUUGUUAA